UUUAGCAGCUACAUUUAAAACAAUGAGGAUGUGUGCAUAUUACAAUAUUUGAAUUUUUUUGUGUUUUACAUAAUGGGCUUCAGGUUUCUUUGAUUUAACCAAGAGAGGAAAGGCCAACAACAUUUUCACCAUCCCCAGAAUUAUGCACUAACAUAAAACAAAAAGGCUGGCUCAGUCAGGGGUACGGAGUUGUUAGUUUCAAUCUUAAAAGUUUUCCAAUUUAGUUUUCAGUUGGGGAGUACUGUUACUUUGGGAAAAAAAAUUCACGUUUAAAAACACCUCUCAUCCUCUACUACAGACUGGAUCUUGUUUGAUGUGGUGAUGUGGGGAAGGCCUGCAGAAAGCCUAUUUGCCUUCACCGGUGAAUAGUCAGCACAUGGGCCACAUGGGUCCAAUCGUGUCACCAGCAGCAGUUUGCACAAUACUUGUUUGACAAGAUUCGGUGAAGAAUAAAAAUUGCUUUGAAACGGAUAACGAUGAAAGGAAGGAGUCACAGGAGGGAGCCGAUGGCUGUCCUAUUGAAUUCCAGAGCAGAGGUACUAGUCACCACAGAAAUGGGACACGCGUCCGAAGAGUAAAUUCCACCUGCUCAUUGUACAGAAUUAAAUAUUCCCAACUCCCACCCGUAUGAUAUACUGCCUGUUAUUUUACAGAAUGCCAGAUCCACACCGACUUGCAAUGUCGAACCGCACAGUCACGUCUCCGGGGGCCCCGCAGCUCUUGCGCCUGGCCAGAGUCGGCCAUGCUCCGGUUACCCUGGGGACACUUAGGGGACCCGGGGCGCCCGGAGAGUCGCGCGCCCUCGCUAAGGCGGCGCCUCUUCCUAAGCUCGGGGAGCUCUCUCUCAACUCCGCCCCGGACGUCAGUUGACCCCGGGCGGUGAACCCUGAACUCUCCCCGGCCGACAGCCCUCAGAAACCGCGGGCCGGGCCGCACUUCCUCUCGCAGGGGUGGAGCUUUUUCAGGCUGUUACGCAGCGCCCAGAGGAACCAAGAUGGUGUCCGGGACGGGUGCCUCGGGGGACCUCCGACUCCAGUAGCCAAAAGUUCGGCCCAUGGUCCGGUGCAAGCAGAACGGCGAGGAAGCUCGGAAGCUCCCGGCUCCGAGGACCGAGAGGCACCGCCAAGUGCGCCAACCAGACCCAACAAAUGUUUAAGAGAACGCGGAGAGCGCGGGGAGGCGGGCCGUCACCAUCUCGCGACACCCCGGUGACGUCGCGCCGCUAGCGCGCGUUCUAGUCUUUCACCUUCAGCCUCCGCAGUCUCGGCACCUACCCCUUUAAGUGAGUGAUGGACAGUUCUUUCGGCCUAUCAAUUUCGCCGCCCAUGUCCAAUCAGAUUUAAACUUCCGUCAGCCGCCGGAGAAGUUGGAAGGUAAGGGUCGAAAGAGAGAGAGCGUGCUUUGUCUCUCGGGACAUUGAAAUGAGCCAAGUUCUCAGGAGAAAACAACCACGACGGAACGGCUGGCCGAGCUUCCCAAAUAAUAGGUUAAAGGACGGAGUCACAUGCCAGUGAAAGGGCGGAGGAGGUGGGACCGCUGCUUACACCGCGCCAGAAGUACCGUUACAGGGCAGACUUUUUGUCCAAUCAACGCCUCCAGACUUCGAGUCAGGUGACUGUAGAGUGCAAGGGGCGGAGCUACGGCCUGGCGCGAGGAACCGUUAAGACAGACAACGAAUAUGACCAAUGAGGUACUCUGACCGGGGCGUUGGGAACCCAAUAACAGUGACUGGGCGGGCGCCUUCCCGGAGCGCGGGGAGAUGUGAAGACAGACAAACAGUUUUCCCAAUGAGACUGUAGAAAAGAGAGCGGAUAGACCAAUGAGAUCGGCGGGGCGGGAUCCUUUGCCGCGGCGGAGUCCAAGAUGGCGGCGUGCGGUUCCGCUGUGUGAAACGAGCGCGGGGCGGCGGGUUAGUCAGCUCCGCGGAGAUUACCUCCGGCCACCCGCAACCAUGAAGGGAAAAGAGCGCUCUCCGGUCAAGCCCAAGCGUUCCCGCGGUGGUGAGGACUCGACUUCCCGCGGGGAGCGCAGCAAGAAGUUAGGGGGCUCCGGCGGCAGCAAUGGGAGCAGCAGCGGGAAGACGGACAGCGGCGGCGGGUCGCGGCGGAGCCUCCACCUCGACAAGUCCAGCAGCAGUCGAGGCGGAAGCCGCGAGUACGACACCGGCGGGGGCAGCUCCAGCAGCCGUUUGCACAGUUAUAGCUCCCCAAGCACCAAAAAUUCCUCGGGCGGGGGCGAGUCGCGCAGCAGCUCCCGGGGUGGAGGCGGGGAGUCACGUUCUUCUGGGGCCGCCUCCUCAGCGCCCGGCGGCGGGGACGGCGCGGAGUAUAAGACCUUGAAGAUAAGCGAGUUGGGGUCCCAGCUGAGUGACGAGGCGGUGGAGGACGGACUGUUUCACGAGUUCAAACGGUUCGGUGAUGUAAGUGUCAAAAUCAGUCACCUCUCGGGUUCUGGCAGCGGGGACGAGCGGGUGGCCUUUGUGAACUUCCGGCGGUCCGAGGACGCGCGGGCGGCCAAGCACGCCCGAGGCCGCCUGGUGCUCUACGACCGGCCCCUGAAGAUAGAGGCCGUGUACGUGAGCCGGCGUCGCAGCCGCUCCCCGUUAGACAAAGAUUCGUACCCUCCGUCGGCCAGCGUGGUCGGGGCCUCCGUAGGUGGCCAUCGGCACCCCCCGGGGGGUGGAGGCCAGCGAUCGCUCUCCCCCGGUGGCGCCGCUUUGGGAUACAGAGACUACCGGUUGCAGCAGUUGGCUCUGGGCCGCCUACCUCCUCCACCUCCGCCACCCCUGCCCCGGGAACUGGAGAGAGAACGAGACUAUGCGUUCUACGAGAGAGUGCGUCCCACAUACAGCCUUGAGCCACGGGUGGGAGCUGGAGCAGGUGCUGCUCCUUUCCGAGAAGUGGAUGAGAUUUCCCCCGAGGACGAUCAGCGUGCUAACCGGACGCUUUUCUUGGGCAAUUUGGACAUCACUGUGACAGAGAGUGAUCUUAGGAGGGCUUUUGAUCGCUUUGGGGUCAUCACAGAAGUAGACAUCAAGAGGCCUUCUCGAGGCCAGACCAGUACCUAUGGCUUUCUCAAAUUUGAGAACCUAGACAUGUCUCACCGAGCCAAACUAGCAAUGUCUGGCAAAAUUAUAAUUCGGAAUCCUAUCAAAAUUGGUUAUGGGAAAGCUACACCCACUACCCGCCUCUGGGUCGGUGGCCUGGGACCUUGGGUUCCUGUUGCUGCACUGGCACGAGAAUUUGACCGAUUUGGCACCAUACGCACCAUAGAUUACCGAAAAGGUGAUAGUUGGGCGUAUAUCCAGUAUGAAAGCCUGGAUGCAGCUCAUGCUGCCUGGACCCAUAUGCGAGGAUUCCCACUUGGUGGCCCAGAUCGUCGCCUUAGAGUAGACUUUGCAGACACCGAACAUCGUUACCAGCAGCAAUAUCUGCAACCUUUGCCCUUAACUCAUUAUGAACUGGUGACAGAUGCUUUUGGGCAUCGGGCUCCUGAUCCUUUGAGGGGUGCACGGGAUAGGACACCGCCCUUACUCUACAGAGAUCGUGAUAGAGACCUUUAUUCUGAUUCUGAUUGGGUGCCGCCUCUACCACCAGUCCGAGAGCGCAGUACUCGGACUGCAGCUGCUGCUGUUACUGCUUAUGACCCACUGGAUAGCUUGGAUCGAAGGCGGGAUGGCUGGUCCUUGGACCGGGACAGAGGUGAUCGAGAUCUGCCCAGCAGCCGAGACCAGCCUAGGAAGCGACGGCUACCCGAGGAGAGUGGGGGACGACAUCUGGAUAGGUCCCCUGAGAGUGACCGGCCACGGAAACGUCACUGUGCUCCUUCUCCUGACCGCAGUCCAGAACUGAGCAGUAGCCGGGACCGUUACAACAGCGACAAUGAUAGAUCCUCCCGUCUUCUUCUCUUGGAAAGACCCUCUCCAAUCAGAGACAGACGAGGUAGUUUGGAGAAGGGCCAAGGUGACAAGCGAGACCGUAAAAACUCUGCAUCAGCUGAACGGGAUAGGAAGCACCGGACAGCUGCUCCCACUGAGGGAAAAAGCCCUCUGAAAAAAGAAGAUCGGUCUGAAGGGAAUGCACCCAGCGCCAGCAGUGCUUCAUCAAAGCUGAAGUCCCCAUCCCAGAAACAGGAUGGAGGAACAGCUCCUGUGGCAGCAGCUUCUCCCAAACUCUGUUUGGCCUGGCAGGGCAUGCUUCUACUGAAGAACAGCAACUUUCCUUCAAAUAUGCAUCUGUUGCAGGGUGACCUCCAAGUGGCUAGCAGUCUUCUUGUGGAGGGUUCAACUGGAGGCAAAGUGGCCCAACUCAAGAUCACUCAACGUCUCCGUUUGGACCAGCCAAAGUUGGAUGAAGUAAGUCGUCGCAUCAAAGUGGCAGGGCCCAAUGGUUAUGCCAUUCUUCUGGCCGUACCUGGAAGUUCUGACAACCGAUCUUCCUCUUCCUCAGCCACAUCAGACACUGCCACCUCUACUCAGAGGCCACUUAGGAACCUUGUGUCCUAUUUAAAGCAAAAGCAAGCAGCUGGGGUGAUCAGCCUUCCUGUGGGAGGCAACAAAGACAAGGAAAACACCGGGGUCCUUCAUGCCUUCCCUCCUUGUGAGUUCUCCCAGCAGUUCCUGGAUUCCCCUGCCAAGGCACUGGCCAAAUCUGAAGAAGAUUACCUGGUCAUGAUCAUUGUCCGUGCAAAACUGGUGAACAUCGGAUGAAGAUACGGAAUUCAAAGCUCUAAUGGACCUUUUUGAAGAGAAGUUGUGGCUUAUGUGGAGUUUACAUGGGCCUCUGAUGGAAGAAAGCUAAUCUGUUUAGUAUUUUGUGCAUUUUACUAAAAUGGCAGCUUAACGUUGUGUAUCUGCUAUUUGUGAUGCCAAUGCCGGUGUUUUAAGUGGAAAAAAAUGACCUCUUUGCUUUGUGCUGUGUACACAAGAUUUCUGGAAAAGAAAAACCCUUUUUAUGGCUCACACAGCUUAAAAGUAGCUGUCACUCAAACAUGCGCUCACAGUUGAGCUGCUUUUGUUUUAUUCUAAAUAAAUUGUUUCUUUUGAGGAAAAUGUUUUUCUGCCUGGAAGUGAAUUGACGGCAAACCUUGACCCCUUUGUUUGCAGCCGAGGGGGUACUUGCUGCUGCUCAGAUCUUGUAUGUCUUGAGCAAGAAGCAGGGAGACCAUCAAUUUCAUUUUGACUAUCACGGUGUGUCAAUUCUGAAGGAUCGCUAGUGUUACUGUGACCCCCCUUUGUUUGCAGCGAAGGGGAUCCUUUGCUUCUCGGUCCUCAACGUGAUGAGGGAAUGGUGCUGUUUGCUGGCACACAAGAAGCCGGGGCAAGCACCCUAAGCCUCACCACAGUGCACGAGUCGGGGGCUUUGCUGGUUUGAAGAGCUGGAGUUGCUGAAAUUUUAAGUUUUGAUUUAUUUUGUUCACUCAUCACGUUUGGCUUUAGUUUCAUUUUUAAUUUGAAGAAAAGUUUGAAAUUGCUUUAUCUUGCACUUUUAACAUUUGCACCAAAUUGCCAAAAGAAGGAGAAAUGCUCCGUUUGCUUUUUAAAUGUUAAUGAUGAUGUUAAUAAAGCCUUUCCUGACA